AUGGCGCGUACUGUCUUUUCCAUUACGGCUGCGCUCUUUUGCGCCCUCGCGGGUGUCGCGCAUGGCGCAAACGACCAGGCCAGUCAGGCAUCAGCUGCCCCGGAGCCUGCCGUGAUCCCAGGGUCCUACAUUGCGGAGCUACAAGACAGUGAGGACACCGGCGCUUUCAUGACCAGCCUGAAAUCCGACCUCGGCCAGGACAAUGUCUCCCGGCGCACCGAGCUCAAGUCCAGACUGUUCAACGGAGUCUCGUUUCGCCUGUCUGAUGACUUGGUCCGGGAAAACGACAACUCGACUGUCAACAGAAUCGCCAAUCUUCCCCAGGUCAAACGGCUGUGGCCCGUCCAAAUCGUCCCGCGACCACAAACCGAGACCAAAUGGACGGCAGCAGGUGUGCCAACCCAGCCCAACAGCCGCCAUCGCCGUCGCCAAAACACGGUCCCCUACCCGCCUCACGUCCAAACCCAGGUCGACAAGCUGCACGCCCGAGGCCUGACAGGCAAAGGUGUGCGCAUCAGCAUCAUCGACUCGGGCGUCGACUACCUCCACCCUGCCCUGGGCGGCUGCUUCGGCCCGGGCUGCAUCGUGUCCUACGGCUACGACUUGGUUGGCGACGCCUACAACGGCAACAACGCGCCGGUGCCUGACCAAGACCCCCUGGACCAGUGCGAUGGCCACGGCACCCACGUGGCUGGCAUCAUCGGCGCGCAGCAGGACAAGGUCGCACUGACCGGCAGCGGGCUCAAGGGUGCAGCGCCGGGCGCGACGCUGGGCAUGUACCGCGUCUUUGGAUGCACCGGCGGCUCUGGAACCGAUGUCCUCAUUGCCGCGGUCACCAAGGCGUUUGAGGAUGGCAGCGACAUCAUCACUGGAUCUUUGGGCCUCACGAGCGGCUGGAGCGAGGACGCUUUCUCUGUCACAGUGUCGCGCAUGGUGGCCGCCGGGGUGCACGUUACCUUUGCUGCAGGAAACGAGGUUGGCGGAACCGAGGGCAUGUUCGGUAUCAGUGCGCCGUCGACGGGAGAUGGAGUGCUUGCUAUUUCCUCAUACGAGGCCUCGCUGGCUCCAACUUACGACGCGGCCAAAGGAACGGUUGUGUACACGCGCGAGGCAGUCCUAAGUGGCAGCGUCAGCCGCUUCACUAGCUGGGGGCCCAACUAUGAGUUGCAACUCAAGCCACAGUUUGGAGCUCCAGGCGGACAGAUCCUCUCGCUUUGGCCAACCACUUUGGGGGGAUAUGCGGUGAAUUCCGGCACUUCAAUGGCCACACCACUUGCGGCGGGCGUCAUCGCGCUGCUCAUCGAGGCACGCGGCAAGAUUGCCCCAGGCGUGGUGGAGAAGAUGCUUUCUUCGACGGCGAAGCCAGCACCGUCUUUUAGACUCAGUGAUGCAGGGCAAUGGGUUCUCAGUGAUGGACUGGCACCCGUCGUUCAACAGGGCGCUGGCCUCAUCCAGGCACUGGACGCACUCGAGUCCACAAUCACAUUUGAUGUGCCAAACCUGUCACUCAACGACACUGACAAUUUCUCCGGCUCAACUUCCUUCAAAGUCACAAACCUGGGACAGGAGGUUGCCACUUACAAUGUUUCUCACUCGCCUGCGCUGACGGCCAGCUCUCUUACCUCGAUCUACAGAAACUCGGCCCCUGACAUGAGCAAAGCUGCAGCAAAAGUGUCCUUUGAGCCAUCGACACUGACUCUGGCGCCUGGUGAAAGCGCCGAGGUCAACAUGGUCGUUUCCCCACCGACCGACCACGGCUUCGAUCCCGCCAGCCUGCCCAUGUAUUCUGGAUGGGUGACGCUCAACGGUACCGGUAGCACGGGUCCGGUCCAGUCCUUGUCGCUGCCAUACUUUGGCUUGGCCGGAUCCAUGCGCAACGCAACGGUCAUGGCCGUGAACAGGAUGUUCAUGUUGGACACUGCAAACAUGAGAGGCAGCGGUCUGCGAGACAAUGUAACAUUCCAGCUUACCGCACCAAGCACGCGCCCCGAGUGGGCCGUUGAUGCCGGCAACGCGACGGCCAACGUUCUCGUAGUUGGAUCCAUGCCGGUAGCAUACACGUGGCUGGUGUUGGGCAGCCCCGAGGUCAGGAUAGAGGUCGUGCCACUCGAGGGGCCUGCGCUGGCAGAUGCCAAAGACAACGGACUAGGCGUGAAGGUCCUUGGCAGCGUGGGGGCAGAGUUCCCGAUCAAGUAUAGCCGUGCGGCUGGCACGUUGACGGCCUGGGAUGGCAGUCUGGCGGAUGGGACGUGGGUGCCAGCCGGGCGAUACCGACUUGGUAUAUCUGCACUCAAGAUCAUGGCGGACAGGACGAAGCGUGAGUCAUGGGAUUUGUACAACUCGCCCGAGUUUUACAUUCGUUGGGUCAAAGCUGUCUAG